AUGCUCCUUAACCCCAGUUCCAUCAGCACGUGGUUCGAGAGGAUUAGCAUCAUGGUGAUCCUGCUCAACUGCGUGACGCUUGGCAUGUACCAGCCCUGCGAGAACAUUGACUGUACCUCGGAUCGCUGUCAGGUCCUCCAGGCCUUUGAUGCAUUUAUCUACAUCUUCUUUGCACUGGAGAUGGUGGUAAAGAUGGUGGCUCUCGGGAUCUUUGGCCGUCGCUGUUACCUGGGAGAUACCUGGAACAGGUUGGACUUUUUCAUCGUCAUGGCUGGGAUGGUGGAGUACUCGCUGGAUCUGCAAAACAUCAACUUGUCUGCCAUUCGAACAGUUCGGGUUCUUCGGCCACUGAAAGCCAUCAAUAGAGUCCCAAGUAUGCGCAUCCUGGUGAACCUGCUGCUAGACACUCUACCCAUGCUGGGCAAUGUGCUGCUUCUCUGCUUCUUUGUCUUCUUCAUCUUUGGCAUCAUUGGUGUGCAGUUAUGGGCGGGGCUUCUAAGGAAUCGAUGCUACCCUGAGGAGAACUUAACCAUACCUUCUGGUAUGACGCUGCCAGCUCCCUACUACCGACCAGAGGAGGAUGAUGAGCGGCCCUUCAUCUGCUCUCUGGCUUCUGAUAACGGUAUUAUGUCAUGUUCCGAUGUGCCAGCAAGGCGGGAAGGAGGACGCAUAUGUUGUCUGGAUAAGGAAGAUGCUCUGCACAGACAAUCUUUGGGCCUGAGUCCUGAGCCACUGUCUAAUGGCAGUGGUGCUGGUGAAGCUCUGGGUCUGUGCAUUAAUUGGAACCAGUAUUAUACUAGGUGCCAUACUGGAAACAAUAACCCCCACAAAGGAGCAAUCAACUUUGACAACAUUGUAUAUGCCUGGAUAGUCAUUUUUCAGGUGAUAACAUUGGAGGGCUGGGUUGAGAUCAUGUAUUAUGUGAUGGACGCCCACUCCUUUUACAACUUCAUCUACUUCAUUCUACUCAUCAUUAUUGGUUCAUUCUUCAUGAUCAACCUGUGCCUGGUGGUCAUCGCCACUCAGUUCUCAGAAACCAAACAGCGGGAGCACCAGCUGAUGCAGGAGCAAAGGGCACAGUGCCUGUCCUCCUCCACCUUAGCUAGCAUGGCUGAGCCGGGAGACUGCUAUGAAGAGAUCUUCCAGCUGGUCUGCCACGUCCUUCGCAAGGCCAAGAGGAGAUCGGCAGCCCUCUAUUACACUCUGAGAGGGAAGCCUGCUCCAGCUAGCGCAGGCAGGGCACACAAAUGUCCACAACACAGCAAGACGAACCAUGACUCCCAUGGUCAAGCUAACUCCAUCAGCCUGACUGUCCAGAACCCUGAGGAGUGCCCUGUAUGUCUGAAAGAAGGUGCAAGGACAGCAGGACAUUUGGAGAAUGGGGAUGAAAAUGAAGAGGAUGCCAUGAAGGAAACAGACAAAGAGGAGAACCACUUGGAUGAGAAGAAAGACAGAGAGGGGAGGCAAAGGAGGACGUGCUUCGGACGUUGCAGGGAUCUUUGGAAGGAUAUGAGAAGGAAACUUUGGGGUAUUGUGGAGAGCAAGUACUUCAGCAGAGGCAUUAUGAUUGCAAUUCUUAUCAACACUAUCAGCAUGGGCAUUGAGCACCACAACCAGCCUGAGGAGCUGACCAAUGUUCUGGAAAUCUGUAACAUUGUCUUUACCAGCAUGUUUACCCUGGAGAUGAUCCUAAAACUCUCAGCUUUUGGCUUCUUUGAGUACUUGAGGAACCCGUACAACAUCUUUGAUGGCAUUAUUGUCAUCAUCAGUGUGUGUGAGAUCAUUGGCCAGGCAGAUGGUGGUCUGUCAGUGCUGAGGACAUUCAGGCUGCUGAGGGUCAUUAAGCUGGUGAGGUUCAUGCCCGCACUGAGGAGGCAACUUGUGGUCCUGAUGAAGACCAUGGACAACGUGGCCACCUUCUGUAUGCUACUCAUGCUCUUCAUCUUUAUCUUCAGUAUCUUGGGAAUGCACAUAUUUGGCUGUAAGUUCAGUUUGAAGACAGAGGCAGGAGACACAGUUCCUGACAGGAAGAACUUUGACUCCUUGCUUUGGGCCAUUGUCACUGUGUUUCAGAUUCUAACUCAGGAGGACUGGAACAUGGUACUCUACAAUGGCAUGGCAUCCACCUCUCCCUGUGCUGCUCUUUACUUUGUCGCCCUUAUGACAUUUGGAAACUAUGUGCUCUUCAAUUUACUUGUUGCCAUCCUGGUUGAAGGCUUCCAAGCAGAGGGUGAUGCAAACCGCUCUUAUUCGGAUGAUGACCGGUCUUCCUAUAAUUUUGAUGAAAAUGAAAAGCAAAAAGACUCCCUGCACCUCUCAGACCCAAAGAUCUGUACCCUGACCCCUAAUGGACACCUGGACAUGUCAUUGUUGCCUGCUGGUCUGUUUCCAGGAGAGAGGUUGACCUUUGCUCUUGGCGCCAGAAAGAACAGUGUUAUUUCUCUCGGCAGAGCCGAUGUGGAGAAGAGGUCUGUGUAUCCAGGUCAAGGCUACCACAACUGGGGCCGUCCGCUGCCUCACCACUUGUGGGCCCGUCGUUCCAGCUGGAGCAGUCUCGGGGGACGUCCCUGCUCCUCUUCAUCUCCCUCUGCUAGUCCUGCCUACACGCCCACUUCUGCAAGGCCCUUCUAUGGCUAUGGUUUGGGGGGUCUAGGAGGGGUGGUAGGAGGAAGCCUUCGUAUCCGUGGUCCUCGUGCCUCCUCAUCUCCCCACGAUCACCACCAUAUCCAACCAGAUGAAGAGGAGUCCCUUCUCUCUCCUCCUGCAGCUGCUCCUCAUUGUCUUCAGCCUCCACAUCCGAAGCUCCAUGACUAUUUUGCCUCUCGUAGGGACCGCAGAGCCCUCUCUCUAGAGCUCCCCCACAUGCUCCAGUCUCCAGUUGAAAACCCACAGCAACACCACGCUCUGCCUCCCGUGAAACUCUAUGGUCACCACAGGAAGAAGAGCCUCUCUGGAGGGCUUGUGAUCAGCACCAGUGGAGCCUUGGAAGGAAUCCACCAGGACUGUAAUGGGAAGUCCCCACUAUCGCACCUGCUUCUUCCGCCGUCAAGGCGCCAGGCGGAGCAGACUGAAGGGGCAAACCCCCAGAGCCACCUGAUGACAGAUGUCUUCCCCCAGGUCAACACACGCAGCAAGGACAGGGAGGACCUGGAUGACGACAUUGAAUAUAGCUUGUGCUUCCGAAUCCAGAAGAUGUUGGAAGCAUACAGACCAGACUGGUGUGAAACAAGAGAAGAUUGGUCCAUCUUUCUUUUCUCCCCACAGAACAAGUUCAGACAGAUGUGCCAGUCCAUCAUCGCCCAUAAGCUGUUCGACUAUGUUGUGUUGGCUUUUAUCUUCUCCAACUGCAUCACAGUGGCUCUAGAGAGGCCAAAGAUACUUCAGGGCAGCUUGGAAAGAGUCUUUCUCACAAUUUCCAACUACAUCUUUACUGCCAUCUUUGUGAGCGAGAUGACUCUCAAGGUGGUUUCCAUGGGACUGUACAUGGGUGAACAGGCUUAUCUGCGGAGCAGCUGGAACGUUCUGGAUGGAUUCCUGGUUUUUGUGUCACUGAUUGAUAUUGUUGUGUCCAUGGCUGGAGGAGCGAAAAUCUUGGGUGUUCUCAGAGUACUCAGACUGCUCCGAACAUUGCGUCCCCUCAGGGUGAUUAGCAGAGCUCCAGGAUUGAAGCUGGUGGUGGAAACCCUCAUCACUUCCCUCAAACCUAUCGGCAACAUCGUCCUCAUCUGUUGUGCGUUCUUUAUCAUCUUUGGUAUCCUUGGAGUACAGCUUUUUAAAGGCAAAUUUUUCUACUGUCUCGGUGCUGAUGUCAAAAACAUCACCAACAAGUCUGAUUGUCUGCAAGCAAACUACAAGUGGGUCCACCAUAAGUACAACUUUGAUAACUUAGGACAGGCUCUGAUGUCGCUGUUCGUACUUGCCUCUAAAGAUGGCUGGGUAAAUAUUAUGUACCAUGGCCUGGAUGCAGUGGGUGUUGACCAACAGCCGAUAACCAACAACAACCCAUGGAUGCUUCUAUAUUUCAUCUCCUUCCUCCUCAUUGUCAGCUUCUUUGUCCUCAACAUGUUCGUUGGCGUGGUGGUGGAAAACUUCCACAAGUGUCGCCAGCAUCAGGAGGUGGAGGAGGCCAAGAGACGUGAAGAGAAGCGACAACGGCGGAUGGAAAAAAAGAGGAGGAAAGCUCAGAAGCUGCCUUACUAUGCCAGCUACGGCAGCAUGCGCCUGAUGAUCCACACGCUCUGCACAAACCACUACUUGGACCUCAUCAUCACUUUCAUCAUCUGUACAAAUGUCAUCACCAUGUCAUUAGAGCACUACAAUCAACCUCACUCUCUGGACCUUGCCCUCAAGUACUGCAACUAUGUCUUUACCUCCACAUUUGUGCUGGAGGCCAUUCUCAAGCUCAUCGCCUUUGGAUUUCGGCGCUUCUUCAAAGACAGGUGGAACCAGCUGGACCUAGCCAUUGUCCUCCUGUCAGUAAUGGGCAUCACUUUGGAGGAGAUUGAGAUCAGCGCUGCCCUGCCCAUCAACCCUACUAUCAUCAGAAUCAUGAGGGUGCUGAGGAUAGCACGAGUCCUGAAGCUGCUGAAGAUGGCGACUGGAAUGAGAGCCUUGUUGGAUACAGUUGUUCAAGCCCUGCCUCAGGUGGGUAACCUGGGCCUGCUCUUCAUGCUGCUGUUUUUCAUCUACGCCGCCUUAGGAGUAGAGCUUUUUGGAGAACUUGUUUGCAAUGAAGACUAUCCAUGUGAAGGUAUGAGUCGUCACGCUACUUUUGAAAACUUUGGCAUGGCCUUCCUUACCUUAUUUCAAGUCUCCACGGGCGACAACUGGAAUGGCAUCAUGAAGGACACAUUGCGGGAGUGCCCACCAGACCAUAACACAGAUGUGGACUAUGCCUGCAAUCCGAGCCUUCAGUUUAUCUCGCCCAUGUAUUUUGUCUCCUUUGUGCUCACCGCCCAGUUUGUGCUCAUCAAUGUGGUGGUGGCCGUGCUGAUGAAGCACCUGGACGACUCCAACAAGGAGGCCCAAGAGGAGGCGGAGAUGGAUGCAGAAAUUGAGCUGGAGCUGGCCCAGGGCACCCUCUGUUGCAUGGGCGCCCAAAUUUGUGGGGGUGGGGGGAUUGACAAAGGACUCUUGGCCGCUGGAUCAGGCCUUGGAGCGGCGCCAGGGAGAAGAGAGAGGGGAAGUCCCAGGGGAGAGACAGGAGAAGGAGUGAGGAACCUGCGACAGGCUGUAACACACCAGGGACCUUAUAACUCCUGCGACUCCCCCCAGUCAUAUUCGCCGGCACAACAGAUCAGAAUGGCAGAGAUUGAGCAGGCAUCAUUGAAGUCGGUGCAACUCUCGGAUAAGUCCUCGUCUCCUGCUCUCCCUGAUGAAUUGAGCCUGGACGAACAUACCAGCUAUCUGUUGCUGAUGCAAGAAGGGAAGGGAAGGUGCAGCAGUGGCUCACACUCUGAGGAGGCAGGUGAUGGAGGAGUAGGCCUCCUAGGAGGUCAACAGACUGAGGAACAAGGUCAGUGCAGGGGGCGUCCCUGCAAUGCAGGGUUUCCAGCACAGACAAGAGACAGAUACCGUGCAGCAAGAGAUGGAAAUGCAAACAUACCAAACAAAGAUGUGCUCACCUCUCUGCCUCCCUGGUGGGAUUUCCAGCGUCAGCAACAAGGAAAGAGGCAAAAGAGAUGA